AUGAUUGAAUGCAGUAAUGUGAAACAUCAGAAGGAGUAUAUAUAUAAAUUUCGUUUGUUUAAUUAAGGAGCUAGUCAGACACACUCAAAUCUUCACAUAUUUGAAGGCUCCAAUAUCCAUAAAGAAUAUUAGGGCACAACAAAUAUGGAUGGGCAUCGCGAAUCGCAUUCCAUGAAAUAGAAUGGAUUCAUAUUCCUAAUUAUAGAUCAGAGUGCAUGCUGA